AUGGCUCUCGAUGCUGCGAGCAAUGGGAAUUUCAACACCAGGUAUCCACAUCAGGCUUACCAACUUAUUGAGAACUUGGCAUCUAGCAAUAGUACCAAGAAUGCUGAUUUAGAGAGGAAGAAGCUAGGUGGAAACAUGGAUAGAAGUCAAAUUGCUGAGAAACCUCCUGAACAAGACAAUGAGAUGAAGUCAAUGCUUAAGCAACUUCUAGAAGGUCAGCAAAACAUGACUGUGAGCUUUAAUGGAAGGAUGGAUGCCAUGUACCAAGACUUGAAUGGGAAAUUUGAAGCUUUGAGCACACAUGUGAAGAAGUUGGAUGUUCAAGUUGCUCAAAGUGCUGAGUCUAUCAAAAGACAAGAGGGUUUUCUUCCUGGAAAGACCAAUAUCAAUCCCAAACAUUCAUGUCAUGCUAUUAUGGUGGAAACUGGAGCCAAUUUCGUGGAUUUUGAGAAGACUGCAACUGAUUUUCGCACUGCAGAAGCAAAUUCCUGCAAAUUCCAGACUGCACCAGAUCUUACAGAAACGUCCAAAUCAGGUGCAGAAAGAGUCUAUAAGCCUAAAAUUCCUUUUCCAAGAGGUCCUAGGAAGUCUAAACAAGAGAUUGAAGAUGCAAAAGUCAAGGCCAUGAUAGACAAGCUGAUGAUUGAGAUACCAUUAGUUGAUGCAGUCAAUCUUUCACCUGCACUAAGGAGGUAUGUUAAGAGAAUGGUUGUGAAUGGUGUGAGUCCUGAGGAAGGAGCAUUGCUUACCAAAGACAUUAGUGAUGUUCUCUUGAACACAGUCCCAAAGAAGAAGAAGGUGAUGGUCUCUGAACAAGUCAGUGCUAUAAUUCAGAACAAGAUUCCAGAGAAGCUACCUGAUCCAGGAAACUUUGUGCUAGAUUGCUCUAUCUCAACAAGCAGGUUUCCUCAUUCUCUUUGUGAUCUAGGUUCCAGUGUAAACUUGAUGCCUCUCUCUGUUGCUGCUAGACUUGGAAUGACUGAUUUCAAGCCAACUAGGAUCUCUCUUAUCAUGGCUGAUCGAUCUAAAAGAAUCCCACAAGGUGUCUUAGAGAAUGUUCCACUUAAAAUUGAAGCUACAGCUGGUGCUAUCAUUGAUGUGAAGAAAGGGAAGAUAGAGCUUGAUUUGGGUGAUUUUGUCAUGAACUUUGACAUGGACAAAUUGAGGAGGAGAUCCACCAUUGAUGGUCAGAGUUUUUCUGUGGAGAUUUCUAAGGAUGAAGAUGCAAUCAGAGAGCAUUCACAUGACAUUACUGCUGGGUAUGUCAAGGAGGUGGAUACUAGUGAGCAAGUGAACAAGCUGGAAGAUAGGAGUGGAGACUUAGUUGGAAAAAGAAGUGUUCCACCCAAACUCACAUCCCACCCUGCUGCUAUUCCUCACUUCCUUGGGCGUCCUCAUGCACCUAAUGCUUAUACACCACCAUGGAUGAGGAGACAUUCUUCUCAGAGGCAUUUGUUGCCAUUGUCUGAUCCACCAGAUGCCUGA